UGUCAAUUUGAAAAUGACAAUGACAAGUUUUUUCAGUGGAAUAAGUAGUAGAUUAUAAACGUGUGUUUAUUUCUGCGAUUUUCGAGCUGAAAUUCAUUAGGCGAUAAUUUAUAAGAUCGUCGACAAUGGGUCGUCGAAAGUCGAAAAGAAAGCCACCACCAAAACGCAAAGCUAUAGAGCCUCUUGAUCAACAAUUUAACUGUCCGUUUUGCAACCACGAAAAAUCUUGUGAAGUGAAAAUGGAUCGUGCAAGAAAUACGGCACGCAUCCAAUGCCGGGUCUGUUUAGAAGAUUUUCAAACAACAACAAAUGUUUUGUCCGAACCUAUAGAUGUAUACAAUGAUUGGGUUGAUGCCUGUGAAAGCGCUAAUUAGAUCUAAGUACAUAUGUAUAAUUGUGUAUUUUAAGGAGUAAACUUUGAAUAUAAUAUCAUGUUCAUCAUCAUCAUGAGAAUGAUUUCAACAUGAGUGAUAUUAAUUUUUGUUAUUAUUAAUUGAUAAAUCCUAGGUUUAUGACUUGACUUUAAUGAUCUUAACAUUCCUAAAGGAAUUGUUAUUCGUAGUUAUUUACUUACACCUACACCAAUACAGUCUGCAUUAUGAAACUAAAA